UGUAGUUGAAUAAAAUUAUGAAAUAUGAAAUAAACUUGGUACUUUAUGGUCCUAAACAAUCGGGAAAAUGUUUCAAAAAUACUUCUUUUUAACUUUAUACCAAAUUAAGAAGAUUGUUAAAGGCUGUUGAAGAUGGAAAACCUGUCUAUUGAAACAAGUUCCAGAGUGGAAGAAUUUGUACGAGGGUUUGUGGAAACUAGUCUAGAGGACUUGUAUGAUUACCCGACUCCAACCCGUGAGAUUGUGUUACUCUGUUUGGUAAUCUUCUCUCAGCACUAUGUCAUUG